GUUGAACGAGGGAACAAGGUUGCUUACGAGUUGCUGUACUCUUUUCUUUGCUCGUUUCCAUUUCCACUAAGCGCCUGCUGCUCUUCUUAUCUCUCCGAGUGGCAAUCAACCCGUCUCCGGGGUCUCGUUCCUAUAUCAACCACCUCUCCUCCUUUCAAUUAACCCAUUCAACCACAAUCACAACCACAACCACAACCACAAAACCCACAAAAACACAUUCCAAAAUGAACUACACCACCCCACCCCAAUCCCUAACCUCCUCCCCAUCACCAUCAUCAACGACAACAACAAAACCAACCACCCGACCAACGCUCUCCCUCGACCUCAGCAACCUCCCCGCCCUAAGCCAACCAACAACCCCGACCAACACCCUGAUCAUUACCGACCUGAACGACCUGCACCUCUUCGACCCCCCGUCCCUAACCGCCCUGCGCAACACCCUGAACCAGCUCGCCCCGCUCAACUCCUUCUCCCCGCUGCCCUCCCUCCGCCGCCUCCUCUGCUCCUUCCACACCGACAGCGACGCCCUGUACAUCCGCAAACUGCUCUCGUCGGCCUCGCCCACCGAGAACCCCCUGAAAGCCCACACCGCCACCCACUCGACCAAGACCCAGACCCUCCUCAACCCGAAGGUUUACUUCGGCGAGCCCACCCCGCUGCAAACGGGCCACGACGCCCGCCCCAAACUCCUCGCCGCCCCGCAGGUCGACAAGCUCUUCUUCAUCAGCCCGCCGCCCUCCCCGCCCCACGGCUGGGUCAUGCGCCCCGAGGAUCCCCCCAACAAGGAAGUCCACGCCAGCGAUCUCGCCCACGCGCUGGCCAAACUCAACACGGAGAUGACUUUCAGCGAAACCUCCACAGCAGCGCCGGAAACUCCCGUGUCCGCCAUCUCGGACAAGCUGCCGCGCACCGGGAGCUGGCCCGCCACCACCACCACCACCACCACCGCUACCCGCCGCAGCCGCAGCAGUACCCUGAUCUACCACCCCGAAGACCACGGGGGCAGUCCCGGCUUGCCCGCCGUGAUGGUCGAGGAUACGAGCGAGAUCGGCUCAUUGGUGGAUGAUUUGGAUGGCGAUGAGGAUGUCGAGAUGAUGAGCUAUAGUCCCGUCGACGAGGAGGAGACGGUGGGGAUGUCCGUCAAGCGCAUGCCGCCGAAGACGGCGCGGCCGCCUGUCGAGUUGAUGUGAAUUUCUUUUUGGGCGCUUGCAUUCGUCGCUGCGAUUGUUUCUUUUGGGAUCCAUUAUUUUUUGGUUGUGAAGAGAGAGAGAAAGAGAGGGGUGGACAGGUUGCUUGGAUAUAUUUGCUCAUCAUGAACGGUGUUGGGGAUGGGGAUUUGGCGUUUGACACAAACUUGGGAUCAUUGCUUUUCUUUCUACGGGAUUUUGCGCAUGAUGGGCGUAACAUACGCAUUGUACAUAACAUACCACUUGCAUUGGGGUUGCGAACACUUUUUGGUAUUAUUUGGGGCUUGUUUAUUAUUUUCAUCGUUCGUUUAAUAUAUCCCUCAGAAUGGUGUUAAUA